AUGUCCACCGCUGAGCUUGCCACAUCAUACGCGGCGCUGAUCCUCGCCGACGACGGUGUUGAGAUCACCGCCGACAAGAUCCAGACCCUCAUCAAGGCCGCCAACGUCGACGAUGUUGAGCCCAUCUGGGCUUCAUUAUUCGCCAAGGCUCUCGAGGGCAAGGACGUGAAGGAUCUUCUCUCCAACGUCGGCGCGGGCGGUGGUGCUGCUGCCCCCGCUGCGGCUGGUGGUGCCGCUGCUGCUGGUGGCGCUGCUGCUGAGGAGACCAAGGAGGAGGCUAAGGAGGAGGAGAAGGAGGAGUCGGACGAGGACAUGGGUUUCGGUCUCUUCGACUAA